AUGGGAAUACUGCCUUUUUCCAUAAUUUCGGUUAAAGCCAUAAAUUCCUAUAACCUAAUUAAAGUUUUGAAGGAUAAGGAGGGGAAUAGAGUGACUGAUAUGCAGCAUAUAAAGGAGGUAGCCUUUGGUUUCUACCAGAAUUUUCUUGGUAAAACUUCUCAUGAGUUUAACCAAGUAAAAGCUGAUCGGGUGUCCAGUUUAUUCAAGAGAAAGUUUUCUCCCUCUUGUGUGGCUGGAAUGCAAGCAAGGGUUACUAAAUCUGAAAUUCAGAAAGUGAUCUUCUCCAUGAACAAAAACAAAGCACCUUGGCUGGAUGGAUUCUCUGUAGGGUUCUUCCAAAAAGCUUGGUCAGUUGUGGGGGAGGAGGUCCGUGAUGCUAUUCUGGAAUUCUUCACCUCGAGUAGGCUUCUUAAGGAAGCAAAUGCUACUAUUUUGACUUUGGUUCCAAAGAAAAAGAAUCCAGCUUCAAUGGAAGUCAUUAGCUCUAAUGAAGGAGCUUUUAUUCCAAGGAGAAGCAUUGCUAAGAAUAUUUUACUUGCUCAAGAGCUAGUGUGCAACUAUCAUAGAGAGCAAGCUUGGAUUAGGGAAUGCAUAACUAGUCCUAGCUUCUCUCUUGCCCUUAAUGGAUCCUUGGUGGGUUACUUUCAAGGUAGAAAAGGCCUUCAGCAAGGGGACCUCAUUUCCCCCUAUUUGUUUGUUCUAGCCAUGGAGGGUUUAUCUCUAUUGUUGGAGGAGAUUGCUAGCAACAACCCCUUGUUUGCUUUUCAUCCUAAGUGCAGCUCUAUUAAGCUCACUCAUUUGUGUUUUGCGGAUGACUUAUUAAUCUUCUUUGCUGCAUCUAUAAAUUCUGUUAAAGCUAUAAAAGGAGUUCUUGAUGAAUUUGAACUACUUUCGGGUUUAAAGGAAGGGACACAGCCUGUCCGAUAUCUAGGGGUUCCUUUAAUCACCAAAAGAAUGGCUACUGCAGAUUGUGACAUUUUGGUCUCCAAGAUUGCUGCUCAGAUAGAGUCUUGUUCUGGGACUUACUCAUGUGCAGCAGCUUGGGAGAAAUUGAGGGUGAAAAGGCCUGUUGUAGAAUGGUGGAAAAUUUUGGUCUUUUGUGACGCCAUUGUAACCAAGGAGAUAAUGUGCCGCUGGGGUUAUGCUAGAAGCACCAACUGCCUGUUUUGUCAUGGAUUCCAAGAGAGCCGAGAUCAUAUUUUCUUCCAAUGCAGCUUUAGUAGACGUAUAUGGAAGGCUAUUAUGGCUGAGUGCUCUUUUCCUAAUCCUCCUAUUGAUUGGGAAAGUGUAGCGGAAUGGAGUGUUGUUGUUUUGCAUGGAAAAGGAUUGAAAUUCAACCUUGGCAAGCUUUGUUUUGGAGCAUUUGUGUAUCAACUGUGGAAGCAGAGGAAUGCAUUUCUGCAUGGAAGAAUUCCUAAGUCUGAGGAGGCCAUCAUUAUGCAGAUUAAAUGGGAAGUGAAGUCUAGGACCCUUGCUAAGGCUAUGCUUCAGGGGAUGUAA